AAGUACUGCUUUAGUUUCUUACUAGACUCAAGAUUUGACAUUUGCACAGAUAUUUGGGCUGUGACUCUGGUCAUCUUUAUGCUGUUGGAGCUAAUACCUUACAGUGUUGUCGGAAAAGGAAAUACAUUUUGGUAUAAUCAGGAUUAAAACAAUACAAACGUAAUGUAUUCCUUCAUGCACCAGUUUAUUUCGGGGUGCUAUCUUUCUCGUUUACACUUUUGCUAAGUCCGUGCUUUCACUUUCUAGAAAUGGACGAUAUCGACUGGGGGUCGGCUGUAGAUGAGGAAUUAACAAAUGCUGCAGGAUUCCACGAGCAAACAUGGUCAGACCCCACCACUACUAAGUGGUGUAAUGGCUUUAGCUCGACUGCUAUUGACGAGAUCGACACAUUUGCCGGCGGAGAUGGACUCAACGUUCCUCACACAACCUGGAAGGGUCGGAUGCACGAGGAACAAGGCAGUCAGACAGAAGACUGGACCACAGAGAGAGAGGUGAACACAGAGCCAAACUGGGAGUCGUUGAUGCAAGCCGUGGAGGACUGCAGCUCUGACCUGGCCAGACAUUACGAGGAGCUCCAGAAGGAGUACAAAGAGGCGGAGGUCGAGCACGGCAGCCAAGUCCAUGCCUUGAAGCAGACGAACGAAGAGAGCAAACGCCAGCACCAGGCCGUUUUGGAGAAGAUCGAAUCGGUGCAUGUGAAGCUGCAGCUGAACUGCAGAAAGACGACCCGCAAGAACUUCGCCGUCAAGAAGCAGGAGCUUAAUGCAGAGAGAAGCAAAAUGGAGGAGGAGAAGAGCAGACUGACCCAGGAGUUGGAGGAGACCAACAAGAAACUGAGCCUCCUGACGGAAGAACAAAGCGAGGAGAAGCAGACCUGGGCGCGGGAGCUGUCCGAGCUCAACGCGGAGAUGGGGCGCCUCCAGAGAGAGGCCGAGGAGGCCGGCCUCUCUGCCCUGAGGGACGAGAUGGCCGCCUUGGAGGUGUAUAAUGACGUGACCCUGUCACAAGUGAACGACUGGUUGAUGGAAGCCAAGCAAUACAUCGACACCAUCCGGAUGGACCCGUCCAAGCAGAAAGAGAGGCAGAGGUGGGAGCAGAUCCAGGCGGAGGUGCACGGCGGUUUCGCGGACCUCAAGAACCAGUUCAAGAAACAGCUUCAGCUGCUGCAAAGCGGCCACAAGUUAGAGAGCCUUCCCACGGUCAACCUGCCGGAUCUUCCCCACAUCCCUACGGUGAAACUGGUAAUCAGUCAGAUAGUCUUGUCAAGCAGACCCCCCAUGCAGCAUUUCCAGAUGGGACCCCCCAUGGGGAAGCCCUUCGCCCCCCAGCACCUUCCCUCCUUCCCAGCCCCAGCCCGAGUGACCCCUCCACUCGCCCCAUCCCCCUCUCAUUCCCCUCUCCCGAUGGCGCCCCCCAGUGGUGCCAGCCUCCCAGCGGUGCCCCCUUCCUCCCAGCCCCCCGCCCAGCCCCCAUCGCCCAGUAACCCCCCACCCGUCGGCAAACUGGACAAGCUGCUGGAGAAACUGGGGGCCAGGUUUCCCAACUGCACCAGGGCCCAGCUCAUGUCUGUGUUGCAGCACAUCAAGGUGUCCCGUGGCACCAUGGCCGGCAUGUCCAUGGAGGAGGUCACCCAGCAGGUGGCGCUGCGACUGGAACAGAACGAGCGAGCGCUCCAAGGACCCACCGGGCCUCCUUUCGCAGCCAGGGGCUUUCCUGGCCCGCCAACCCCAAUCCAACGCCCCCCAGGCACCAUCCAGAGACCCAUGGCCCCUCAGCAAAGACCCGCGGUAGCGCAAGUCUUCAACACCAGGCCACCUCAGCCAGUGUCUCAGGGCAGUCGUAAACUGUGUCUCAUGUGCCAAAACCAAGUGGAGGCGGUCAAUCAGCACAUCAUGAGCUGCAAUCACAUCGUACACAAGGAGUGCAUCAGUGUGUGGCUGCAGUCCAGCAAGAACAACUCCUGCCCCUUCUGCCCGGCUAAAUGAAACAGGCCUUGAAAAGAAAGAGAGAUAUGAAACAUUCCCUUCUUUAUUGACUGAUGAAUAAAGACAACUUCGAUUUAAGUUUAACGGUUGAUCCCGAAGGUCUAUACACUGGUUUAAAGGGAUUUUACUUACUUGAGAUCAGCUUGUUUUUGCUUCUUUUUUUAUUGACAUCCUUUACAUUUUGAGCAUUACAUGUUUAUAUUAAAAUCUACACGUGGGUGUGUUCAUUUGAGUUGCAUAGAAAUUAGUUUUCUUUCUUUAUCAUUUCAUUUUCCUUCCCUAUGGGUCCUUCAGUUUUUCCAAAGUUCAUAUCCGGACCAAAUUGUAAAAUUUAAGAAAAUAUUAGCCUUUACUGACAGAUUGCCAUAGCCUACUAUUUUUGGAGAAAGUGUUUUAGUCCGCCUCUUCACUAACGGAAAGAAGUUUAUUUGAGUUUUGGUUGUAUUAUCAAUCUGCAAGAGGGAGAGUUUAACAUGGCCCUAUACAUAGAAUGACAAAUGUCAGUUCACUGGUUCGUGCAAGUUCUAAUUCGGAAAAAAGUUUGCGACCAUGCAGUUUGUCAGUGAUAAAGUAAGCAAACAGCGCUCGAUCAGCCAUGUCAACGCAGCAAAGACUAGUUGUAGACUUUAGGGCUUACGUUUUGGGACAUGCUUGUGUAAUGGGGACAGGGAUGGUCCUGUAUAAGUCUAUGGGAUGGCCACAUAUGAAGGCUGGCUAAAUGUUUUGAACUAGAUAUAGAUGUAUGUUGUGUCCUUGCGCAAGACACUUCACCCUACUUGCUUCUGGGGGAAUGUCCCUAUACUUACUGUAAGUCGCUCUGGAUAAGAGCGUCUGCCAAAUGACUACAUGUAAUGGAAAUGUAUGUGCUUGUGUAUUAGUGAUUUCUGAAGUCAGAUAAAAUGCCGUUAAAGUGGCACGACACUGUCAGUAUGGAAGGCCCAGUGGGUAAGUAUUACAGUUUUUCUCGAUUGCUAACACAUUUCUUGAAACGGUCACCUAUUUUCUCAAAACUGUAAACACAAAACCUCAUUGUCAAGCACUAUUUACAAAACCUCUGAAUCCUCUUUCAAAAUGAAGCUUUCGCCUCAAAACAGAUUUAACUGUGCUCAUAAUCAAACACUGCUCUCAAAUCAUAAACAAAGUGAUCAAAAUGAUAUACACUAUCGAGCAGUCAGUAAGAAAAGAAAAAUAGAAAACACAUUAUUCAAAACAAAAAGUUCUAAAGAAGUACAUUUUAAAUCUCAAAACUAAUUUCAUAAAUCUGUCAUUGUCUAUGAUGAACGAAAACAUGUUCUAUCAUAGUAGCUCAAAAUUGAUCAGAAAUUACUACUCUGCUUUGCUCUUUGCAAAAAAAAUGUUUGUUCUUUCUCCUCCUUGUACCCCUAUACAGUACUGUACCCUGCAUCUCACAAACUUGUCCUUUGUCUCUGAGAUACUGUAAUUCUUGUUCUUUGUUGAUAUGAACCUGCGACCAGUCAAAAUCUAUUGAGCAAUCAGUAUUCUUAUUGUAACAAAUGGAAAGCACAAUGAUCAGGGCCAUACAAUGUGUUCAUUGUACAAUAUACAGCCCACAAUGCACUGUACUACAGUAUACAAUACUGAAAGGGACAAAAAUCAAAGGAGUAAACAUGUAAUCAAUGUGCUUCUUCUUGUCUUUGGGAUGGGUCAGGCCAGAGCACUUCGUUGACAUCACAAACAAUAUUUUUCCACCUUCAACAACCUGUUGGCUCUCUGAACUGGCUUAUAUUGGUUUCACAUACUUUGAAAGUGAAAUAAAUGUUGAGUGGUUGUGUUUAAUCAAUGACAGGUUUUCUAUUUGUAUUUGAUUGUUGCCACGUGAUAAGUAAGGGUCAAGAAGUGGUCUGGUUGUUCAUAAAUGGAAAUGUGAAACAUUGUUCUGUGGAUUCUUCAUCUCCUGAGACCUUCUACUCAGCUCUUGUCCUUGUACUCAUUCUCUGUGCUCACCUCUUGCUGUCUCUCUGAUUUACAAUAAUCAUGCAGCGUAGAUAAGAGUUCACCUUCAUUUUGUAACA